GAAAAAUAGUCUUAGUUACGCGUUGGAAAUUAAACAAGGAGUAAAAUUAAAUGAUGUAACUUAGUUGUGAAUGGUUAUUGAUGGGAAUACUUACGCGAGAAGGCAGAAUCUCUCUGAAGUGGCGCCUCACAUGGAUGACAGCGUGCUAGUGCUGUUUAAGACGUCUGGCGGGGAUCGGCGCCAAAAUCGAUACUGUAAAUACGGACUGCAGUGUUCUGAACAUCAGGCCAACCGACAGCACUUCGUGCAUGUGUUCCAAGUAACCAGCUGUUCUGGAGCACCAAAUCCGUCUGAAUGUUAGUGAUUUUAUGCAAAGACAUGCAACGUUGAAUAAUGUAGAGAGAAAUUAACCGGAAGUGCAGUAAAAUCGAAUCAAGUGGGUUUAUUAUGUAGUUAAAUUUAGGGGAAAAAAACUUUUUGAGUUUAAGUGGAUUCGCGAUUUAUGCUGUGAGCUGGCCACAGCCGCUCGCGCCUGAGUGUGUAUGCAGAUGGUGGGGUCCAGGAAUUUGUUUUAUCUUGAACCGCGACCAUGGAGGAGGCGCCAGAAAUCAAGCAAACUUGGCAACAAAAGUUACUCUUUUACACUACAGCGUUCUUCGUACUGCUUGGCACUUUUAGCUUAUUUUCGUUUUUAUUCCUUGUGCCUUUCGUCAUUGAUCCGGCUUUUACAACAAUUUUUAUGGAGUUUGACGAAACUCCCGCAUUAUGUAUGACAGUGAAAGCUGAUAGACGGUUAGGUGUCUCUAAUUGUAGUUGGACAUCAUGUCGGGAAGGGUGCACGAAAGACAUAUAUGACUGCACACAAAUUCUCGUUCAUUAUAAAAAAGUACCUCCGGAUUACAAUUUGACAGCUCCUCCAGACAUCAGAACCCCACGUGAAGAAAGGAGCAUACCUGAAGAGUAUGACUACGAAAAGAAUAUUUCGGAGGAAGAACAGACCACCGGUCUUAUGGGAGAUGACUCCGAAUGGUAUUACCGUGAAGCAAGAUUACUUCCGAACGUUAAGGGUUGUGGUUAUCCACCAAUGCUCAAUUGUUCCAUUUUUCUUAAAUUGUACAAAGAAGUAGGUACUAAUUACACGUGCUAUUACAGCCGGGUAGACCCCAGCAUGGUGAUUAGCCAUUUGGACAUGUGGCAAGUCUACAUGAACUUGGUCUAUGCCAUGGCAAUUCCAAUUCCCUCCUUUAUCGUGUCCGUAAUAUAUUUGGCGAUUGCAUAUUUCAAAAUAUAUAAUGAUGAUGAAGAGACUGCACCACUCGAAAAAAAUGCUGAAGCCAUGGAUAUUGAAGGUGAAAGCGGACCAGAUGCUACUCCCGUUCAACCUGCUAGCGGAGGAAUAACUCCAGCCAGUGAAGCUUUCAGAGAAGACUUGGCUAGUUUCGGACAUCACUUUAAAGUGGCGAUGGUUGAUGAGAUGAGUCGUGACAGCUUUACCGAAGGUGUACUUUCGGUAUCGAUAGGAGGAAAUGUUGGAAAAACAAUGACUACAAGUAUCUCGACCACAGGAGGUCCUAUAGCUGAUAUUUAAUUCCUGUCACGUCUUGGCAUUUCUCAGGCUUGUGUGUUUUAUCUUAAUUUGAUAAGGUUUAGGAUAAACAUACGAAUAAAAUUAAAAACAAAAUGGAAGUGGUUAUUACCUCUUCGCCACAGUUAAAGUAUGUUUAACGUGGCUUUAAAAAUAUUUUUUAAAUAUAGUGUUUUAGGCCGCUACAAAUGAAUAUGAAACGCUGAUAACAGCUUCAUUUAUACAAAGGAGCGAAACUGAUGCUUCAAUGGUUGUUUCAUAUUACAAACAUCGUAUGUGCAGUACGUGAAAAAAAAAUUUAAGAAAAAGACUUAAUAACAAACACCAACCGGGUCUCAUGUAAAUUUCAUAAAGUUCAACGAAAUUGUAACAAAAUUAUUCCUUUGGGAAUUUUAAUUCCCUUCCAGAUACGUACUUCUAACAUGUUUGAUUCAUUUUCAAAAGCAAUACUGUGCAUUCGUUUGUGGGGUUUCAGUGAUAUAAGCUCCUGUUGUGCUACAAACAUAUUUAUCCAAAUUUCUAGUUCAAUUAUCAAUUUUAUAACAUCCAUAGUUUAAACACGUCCGUGUGUACAUUGCGUAAUUUUUACUGUAUUUUUUAAUUUAAUCUUGAUGUUAUUGUACAUAGAAAUUCUCUUUAAAAUUGUUACAACACUAAUUAUAUUGUUAAAAUUUAUAAGGAAAAAAUUAUAUUAAUUUGUAAAAUUUCAUGUACAGUUUAUCGACUAUAUGAAAUUUCAACGUAUUUAUUGAAAAUUGUUCAAGAUUUUUGCCUUCUUAUUAUAAUAUGCAUUUGUAAUAUUUUUAAUACACGAAUUCAACUAACUAACUCCCUUGAUAUGUUCACAAUGCAUGUCUUCAAAAUAACCCAGUUGUCGAGUGAAAUUUUAUUGUUUACAAUACCCUAAAACCAAAGUAUCUUUAUUUUCAGAGAGGGACCAACCGAGGAACAUUGCACAGUAAUGUUGCAAGUAUCGAUGCAAUGAAUUAUUUUCUAGCACAUGCAGUUGUCAACAUAUUCAGUUAUGUUAUCUUCUAAUUAAAACAUAUAUAAUUUUAGGCAAGUGUCAUUAUCGGCAAUGUUGUUCACCACUCUAAUAGUGUCGAUAGCUUAAAAUCAUUAUGACUCACUGCUGACAAUUUGUUUUACCUUGCUACUAUCACCGAUUAAUUUAACUCAUUUGUGAUAUUUAACACUGCUCAUCUAGGAGUAAAAAUAUUAGGUUUCAGUAAUACACAUCACAAAAAUAUAA